GAGAGGGAGAGGGAGAGGGGGAGAGAGAGAGAACGAACCCCCCCGACGGACAAGACACUCGCGUCUAUCCAGCUGCCCCUGCAGAAGCGCGCGAGCACAAAUAGGUUACAUGAACACAUGCGCGCAUAACACGCGCACGCGCCUACUCCUUCGCUGGCGCACAUGUACAGCGGGAGACGGCGGAACAGUUGAGAGCGGGGUCCCGCGGUUUACAGGCUACCCAAAGCCCAUGUGUGUGUGCGUGCGUCCGCGGCGGCUGCCUGCCUACCUCCUCUGUAUUCUCUCUAUGCCUUACCCGGGACAGGAAUAACGGAAUACCCGGAGCUUUUCAACAGCGACUGAUUGUGAACCCCCACUCCACCCCCACCCCCCUUACAGCGUCUAUACGGAACCACCAGAUAUCGCAGCGCCGCGGAGCAGGACUACAUGCAGCAGUCCACACACUAUAGGACGAUUGGAUUACAACACUGAUGUUUGAUUCGCCGGCCCUUUUGGUGAAGUUAUAACGGGGAUUUCAUUCAUUCGUUUUUAGUUUUUUUUCUCUCAGAACGUCGUGGGGAUAUUUUCCUAUCGGCGUGUGCUCACCCCCCCAGUGGAUGCAUGGUUUCGCAGAGAAAGCACACUGUUGCAAUGUGCUUUCACACCGCCGUUCCGGAGCUAUGUGGAAGGGAGACGCUGGGAUGAAGAGGUCGGUCAGCAUGUCAGCCGGCAGCGGCAGGAGGACCCGUCGGAGCCCUAGCAGGAGCGCUGGUACGGGCGCCAACAACUGUACCAGCAGCAGCGUCAGCGGCACCCCAUGUGGAGCUCUGUUCCCGCUGGUCCUCGUGGCGGCGCUGGCGCUCCUCGCCGGGUCCGCCUCCGCCCAGAAGCGGGGCGGGGGCGGCGGCGGUGGCGGCGGAGGGGGAGGCGGCCAGGAGAAGGUGCCGGUGCUGAACAUCGCGGUGAUCCUGGGGCGGACCCGCUAUAUCUCGGACCGCGACAUCCGCGCGCUGUGGAGCAAGGAGGAGCCGGUGGACGUCAACGUGCUCACGCUGCUGGUCAACGAGACGGACCCCAAGAGCAUCAUCACGCACAUGUGCGACCUGAUGUCCGGCACCAAGAUCCACGGCGUGGUGUUCGGCGACGGCACCGACCAGGAGGCCAUCGCCCAGAUUUUGGAUUUUAUUUCCUCGCAGACACUCAUCCCCAUCCUGGGCAUCCAUGGGGGAUCCUCCAUGAUCAUGGCCGACAAGGAUGACAAGUCGACGUUCUUCCAGUUUGGUGCCUCCAUCCAGCAGGAGGCGCUGUUGAUGCUCAACAUCAUGGAGGAGUACGACUGGCACAUCUUCUCCAUCGUCACCUCCAAGUUCCCCGGCUACCAGGAGUUCAUCAACAUCCUCAAGACCACGGUGGACAACAGCUUCGUGGGCUGGGACCUGCAGAACAUCAUCACCCUGGACGCCGUGGAGGAGGACAGUCGUUCGCAGAUCAUGCUGAAGAAGGUGCAGUCGCCCGUGGUGCUGCUGUACUGCUCCAAGGACGAGGCCCUCUACAUCCUGGAGGAGGCACGCUCCCUGGGCCUGACGGGCUUCGGCUACAUCUGGAUCGUGCCCUCGCUCACCACCGGCAACCCCGAGGUCACGCCCGAGGAGUUCCCGUCGGGCAUGAUCUCGGUGUCCUACGACGACUGGGACUACCCCCUGGAGGCGCGCGUCCGGGACGGCCUGGGCGUCAUCGCGUCGGCCGCCGCCGCCAUGCUGGCCGAGUACGGAGACGUGCCCGAGACGCGCACUUCCUGCUACGCCCCCCAGGGGGAGAAGCCCGGGAGCAAGCUGCCCCCCAGCGCCCUGCACAAGUUCAUGUUGAACGUGACCUGGGACGGCCGCGACCUGUCCUUCACCGAGGACGGCUACCAGCAGAACCCAAAGCUGGUGGUGAUCGUGCUCAACAAGGAGAGGGAGUGGGAGAAGAUGGGGAAGCUGGACAACCGCAGUCUGACCCUGAAGUACCCGGUGUGGCCGCGCUUCAACUCGUUUGGCGACGCCGAGAUGGACGACAACCACCUGUCCAUCGUCACGCUGGAGGAGAAGCCCUUCGUCAUCGUGGAGGACGUGGAGAGGCUGACCGGCACCUGCAUGAGGAACUCGGUGCCCUGCCGUAAACACAUCAAGGAGAAGCUGGACGCCUUCAUCUACGACGCGGCCGUGCUCAACUACAUGGCGGGCCGCGACGAGGGCUGUAAGCUGGUGACCAUCGGCAGCGGGUAUAUCUUUGCUACCACCGGCUACGGCAUUGCUCUGCAGAAAGGCUCGUACUGGAAACGGCAAGUAGACCUCGCCAUUCUGGCCAUUAUUGGAGACGGUGAGAUGGAGGAGCUGGAGGCCCAGUGGCUGACGGGGAUCUGUCACAACGAGAAGAAUGAGGUCAUGUCCAGCCAGCUGGACGUGGACAACAUGGCGGGGGUCUUCUACAUGCUGGCCACCGCCAUGGGCCUCUCCCUCAUCACGUUUGUGUCCGAGCACCUCUUCUACUGGAGACUCCGCUACUGCUUCACAGGCGUGUGCACGGGCACGCCUGGGCUGCUCUUCUCCAUCAGCAGGGGCAUCUGGAGUUGUAUCCACGGUGUCCACAUCGACAUGAAGAAGAAGACAGACCUGGACUUCAGCCCGCAAGCCAACAUGCUGAAGCUCAUCAAGUCGGCCAAGCAGAUGACCAACAUGUCCAACCUGGGCAGCUCGCGCAUGAACUCGCCCAAGCGGGAGUUCAUGCACUCGGCGGGCCCCAUGAUCAUGGACAUGAUGGCGGAGAAGGGCAACUUCAUCUACGCCGACAACCGCAGCUACGCGCCCAAAGACGUGAUCUACGGCGACACGGGGGACCUGCAGUCCUACCUCACCAACCGCCACAAGGACCACCUCAACAACUACAUCUUCCAGGGGGGCCAGCACCCGCUGACCCUGAACGACGCCAACCCCAACUCGGUGGAGGUGGCGGUGAGCGCCGACGCCGCCCAGACCAACGCCAAGCCCCCCCGGGCCCUGUGGAAGAAGUCGGUGGACACGCUGCGCACGGGGCCGCCGGGCGCCGCGCCCAUGCCCGACAUGCUGAUGCCGGACCCGCGCAUGUCCAUGAAGACCCAGCGGUACCUCCCCGAGGACGCCGCCCACUCGGACAUCUCGGACUGCUCCAGCCGCGCGGCCUCCUACAAGGACCCAGAUAACAACAAGCACCUCAAGUCCAAGGACAACUUAAAAAAAAGAUCGGUGACGUCGAAAUACCCCAGGGACUGCAGCGAGGUGGAGCUGUCCUACUUAAAGACUAAGCAGGUCGGCCCCAUCCAGGCCGGCAGAGGAGGAGGGGGAGUGGGAGGAGAGAAGAUAUACACCAUCGACUCAGACCGUGAACUCAGUCUGCACUCGGAUCCCCUUCACUACCGGGAGAGCCGAGGCCUGGCCGCCGACGACCUGGACUACCCGGAGAUGUACUCGGACCACAACGACAACUACAGGAAGUGCGACCAGCCCAUCAUACACCUCAACUCCUCCCCCCUGCACCACACAGACUCCGACCUCCUCCCCGACAACGCCUACCCCAAACACUACAACAUGAAAGAGAAAAACCUCCCUAUGUCCCCGCACGAGUCCAACGACCGCUACAAACAGACCCACUGUCGUUCCUGCCUGUCCAAAGUCACCCCUGGCUACCCGGGCGGGCCGACCUACACCCCCGCCGCCUCCACCUCCGCCGCCGCCGCCGCCAACACGCGCUCCCCGUACAACCGCUGCGAGGCCUGCCUGCACACGGCCAACCUCUACGACAUCAGCGAGGACCAGCUGCUGGCCGACGCCCUCCUCAACCCCAGCAUGCACCAUCAGCAGCAGCAGCAGCAGCAGCAGCUGCAGCAGCAGCCCCUCGACGAGAUGUUCGGGCUGUACUGGCCGCAGACGGACGGGCCGCACGUGCAGAAGCGGAACCGGCUGAGGCUGAGCCGCCAGCACUCCUUCGACAACAUCAUGCUGGAGAAGCCCAAGGACUCGGACCAGGGGCGCCCGGCGCGCAGCGUGAGCCUGAAGGAGAAGGAUCGCUUCCUGGACUCGGUGUCCGACACGCCCUACGCCAACCUCUUCAACAUGCGCCCGUACUCCGGCCGGCUGUUUGGCACCGGCUCCAAGUCCAUGAUGUUCAACCACAACCUGGAGGAGAGCAAGAGGAGCAAGUCCCUUUACCCGGAGCACGGCUCGGACAACCCUUUCAUGAGCCACUCCCUGCGGGAGGACCCGAGCAGCAGACUGAUCCACGGCCGCAGCUCAUCUGAUAUUUACAAACAGCUGGCCGCCUCCUCGUCGGUCCAGGCCCUGGGCGUGGCGCCGCUCAAAACGCGCAACGACGCGAACAAUCUGCGCUCCUCCGUCAAGUCCACGACCUCAUACUGCUCACGAGACGGACGGAUAGCCAACGACAUGUACAAUGCAGAGCAUGCAAUGCCUUAUUCUGCCACAAAGACUGGCGCUUACCCGGCAACGCGAGGCGUCCUAAACUCAGCCCAGUUCAGUAAUAGACGGGUCUAUAAGAAAAUCCCCAGUCUGGAGUCAGACGUUUAGUCGAGAUGAAAAGAAAAAAAAAGGAAAAAAUGUUUGAUCUCCUCCUACUUACUCUUCUCUGGGUUUGUAUUAUAGUUUAUCUUAUCCACUUAGGGUCGCAAUAGCCACACAACUUUUUUUGUCCCUUCUUCUCUUCGAACAACCUAAUCUGAAAGAACUUCAACACUUCUACUAUUGCUACGUCUAAAACUACAAAUACUCCUCUCUUUGCAGACGAUAUCAUGGUUUUCGUUCAUACUCUCAUACUAUCAAACGAGUGGGCUGCAUGGCUGGCACUCUUACAUUAGGUUUCCUGGUAGGAUUGAGAAGCGAUCG